CCAUACUCACUCUUCACUCUCCAGAAUUCACAAUCCAAAAAAAAAAAAAAUCAAGAUUCAAUCUCCAGCCGUAGCGAAUUCCCAACUUGAAUUCUUCAAUCCAGAGAUGGCACUCGAAGCUCUGAACUCGCCGACGGCAGCCGGGGCGCCGUCCCCCUUCCAAUUCGAGGAACCCAAACACCUCCACCGCCUCGCGGAUCAGCCGUGGGCCAAGCGCAAGCGGUCGAGGCGGUCCGCGGGUCACGUCGAGCAGCAGCCCACCGAGGAGGAGUAUCUCGCUCUCUGCCUCGUCAUGCUCGCUCGCGGCACCACCAAUUUGGAUUUCUCUCCCCAACCUGCUCGCUCUGCCUCCCCUGUUCCGCCGCCAGCAGCGGCGGCAAUUUCUGGUGAUGCGACUGCAGAGCAGAAGAUGAUUUUGUCCCACAAGUGUACUGUUUGUGGGAAGGCUUUCUCGUCCUACCAGGCCCUGGGCGGGCACAAGGCGAGCCACCGGAAAUCGGUCUCCGGAGAUCCGGCCGAUGGUCCGUCGACUUCCACUACUACGACCAGCGCCGCCGCCGCUCCUGCGCCUGUGACGGGGAGCGGGAAAUCCCACGUCUGCACGAUUUGUCACAAGAGCUUCCCGACCGGGCAGGCGCUCGGCGGGCACAAGCGGUGCCACUACGACGGCGGCGCCGCCGCCCACGCGGCGGAGAAGAGCGGAGUAGCUACUUCCUCCACCGUUACCCUAUCCGAGGGGGUGGGGUCCACUACCACGACGAGCAACCGGGGAUUCAUCGACCUCAACCUCCCGGCCCUUCCGGAGUUCGCAGCCGGCGAUUUCUUCUUCUCUGGCGGCGAGGACGAGGUCAUGAGCCCGUUGCCGGUUGCGAAGAAGCCCAGGCUGGUGAUUGCAGCAUCAGCGGCGGGGCCCAAACCAGAAGUCGUCUCUCAGUAGGGUGUUAUUUCAGUGAAAAUUAGGGCUUUUUGUAGGGUUACUUUAGGGAAUACAGUAUAAGUAUUCAUCAAAUUCACGUGUCGUUCUUUCUUUUUCCGAUAUAUGCGCUAUUAUUCCCUCCCGUCGUUUAUUUCUUUUUUCCUCUUGAUUGGAAAUUCUUUUAUGUACAUACAAAUUACAAUUACCAGCUCAAAUCACUGAGCUCACACUCUGUCUCAGGUUGCCAUACUACUAUUGGAAAUUCAAUUGAUUUUUAUAUAUAAUUACAAUUAUUAUCUCCUUAUAUUUUUUUUUGUAAUUAUUAGUAAUUAAGAAUUAAUACCUAU